AUGCGCCGUGGAGGCGAGGGCAUGGAGAACCGCCCCGCGUACAUGCUGAUCAAGUACGAGGUGCCCCCGACACUGCACGACCGCUUCAUUGAGGAACUGGAUCGCCACGACAAGGUGUUGCGCGAUGUCAAGGGCCUUAGCUUCUACCAGAAGACCAAGGACAUGGACGACAACGUCAUGUUCUGGAGCUACACGGAGUGGGACACAGUCGGCGACCUGAUGGAUCACUGCGAGUUGAGCAAUUCAUUUAUUGGAAGUGAAAAUAAAAUUUAUCUUCAAAAAUUAAAGUCUACCGCGUUCAAGGACUUCCACAACUGGGUGGAUGACAACGACAUCCUGGUGGAGAUGUUCCCGCUGGAGGCGCUCGGAGAUGAGAAGCGGGAGUACCGCGCGGAUCGCGAGGGCGAGAAGGCCGCCACCGCCGCCCGUGCUGCCGCCGCCAAGGACCUGGAGCGCCGCCGCCGCCGUGGUCGCGAGAUCGAGGAUUGGGACCCGCGUGACGAGCCGGCACACCUCGGCAUCCGCUUCCACAUCAUGCCAUCACAGGAGGGCGACUUCCUGAACUUCGUGGAGGACAUGCAGAAGCGCGUGGUGAAGGACGAGGACGAGAACCGCUUCUUCGUCGUCCGCAAGUUCGCCACCAUGAACCACCACUACCUUAUUCGCGGCGCGUGGGACUCCAUGGAGGGCUAUCUGGACCACAUCACCUCCAAGCACUCGAUGAACUUGCGAGACCCCUGGGAGUUCCAACUUAGCUAUCGAUGCAUGCUUGACAUCCACCUGUGCCUAACUAUCGUCAAUCCUACUGCCCAUACUUUUUUCGACAGGUUCGCCAAGGACAACAACAUCGAGUGGGAACAGGACAGAAGCGUUUUGGUGUUCACAGCUCGACUGCGCACUACCAUUCUCCUUCACGCAUGUUACAUGCACGGCAAGCCACUACCGGCCACCAACGGCCGGCCACACUACGAAGCCGCAACAAACGCAGCCAGCUGCUUCACCAGUUUCACCCGAUAA